UCAUUUUUUGUUAGUUGAUCAGAUAUACCAUUUGGCAUCCCCAGCCUCUCCAGUGAAGUAUAUGUAUAAUCCAGUGAAGACAAUAAAGAGCAACACCAUAGGAACCAUUAAUGUACUAGGUUUGGCUAAGAGAGUGAAGGCUAGAGUACUGUUUGCAUCAACAUCAGAAAUAUACGGAGACCCUGAAGAGCAUCCCCAGAAGGAGACCUAUUGGGGUCAUGUUAAUACGAUUGGUCCCAGAGCUUGUUACGAUGAGAGCAAGAGAGUCGCAGAGACCCUCAUGUACGCCUACUCCAAGAGAGACCAUAUUGAUGUACGAGUGGCCAGGAUAUUCAAUACUUAUGGCCCCAGGAUGCACAUGUAUGAUGGUCGUGUAGUUAGUAAUUUCAUCGUUCAAACAUUAAAUGGUCACCCACUAACAGUCUAUGCUCCAGGGAACCAAACACGAUCGUUCAUGUAUGUGAGUGAUCUCGUUAGUGGACUAAUGAAACUGAUGAACAGUAAUUAUUCAUUGCCCUGUAACCUGGGUAAUCCAGAGGAGCACACUAUAUUGGAGUUUGCUCAACUGGUUCAGGAUAUAACUGGAGUUAAAGGUAAAGUGUCAAUGAAGAAGAGCCAACAGGAUGAUCCACACAAGAGGAAACCUGAUAUCACUGUUGCUAAGACACAACUGGGAUGGGAACCAAAAGUAUCACUAAGAGAUGGUAUUCUAAAGACCACUGCAUACUUCAGGAAAGAGCUUGGACUAGUGGACAAUGAACAAGAACAAUAGCACACACACACACAAACUGCAUUCAUUGAUUAUUAAUGCAACCUUUAUUUGUGAUACUUUUAAA